AAAUGUUACUAUGAUUCUAUUGUUGUGUUCGCUUGAUGUUUCCGCUCUAUGUGUUUUGUUUUGAAAUUUGCGACUCUGUGUAAAUAGACUUGCUAGUUAAUUCUAGUAUUUUUGUGGUUUAGCAAUACGAAGCACUUCUUGGAUUUGGGAAAGUGGGUUUUUCUGCUCCCCUUCUGUUUUGGAAGAUGGAUAAUUGUAGUCUUGAACUCCCUUUGGCUUCUCUUUGUGUCGGCCAUUAGUUAUAUUUAAUGUAUGAGGUGAGAAAUGUUUUGAAGCGCGCCGUGAGGAUUCAAAUGUUAUGAUCGAAUCCAAUGAAUGUACCAAAGCAUGGGGGUUCAUGAUAUGAAAAUGGGUUUUGUCUUGAUGAGUUUAAUAGAGUUUUUUGAGGAUUUUCAUCAAAUAGGAUAGGUGCAUAUCCAGUGGAUGUAGAAAUGAUUGUGUGACCGUGCAUCUUAAGUUUUUAUAGGACCCUUCAACAUGGAGAUAGGCACUACAAGGUGUUGUAUUGGCAAACAAGUACCAUGGUUUUCACGGAAUUCACGAAUGUUAGAUGUGGAAAGCAUCCAUAAGCUUCCUUAUCAUGUGUUUGGCUGCACCAUUAAACCAAGCAACCUAAGUUUUGCUCAUUCUUAUUGGGGCUCUGCUAGGAAAAAUUGGAUGAGCAAUGUAUUGUGGAGAACAUAUACCAUGCCUGUUAGUUUGGAGGAAUCUUCGUCAGAACAGCCAGAAGACUAUUCAGAUGAUGAAGGGAGUUCAUCCGAGGAUUUACCAGAAGAGCCUCUUGAUCAACCAUUGAGCAGUGAUGAGUUGAAGGCACUGCUGCUUGAUUCUCAGAGAAAAAACCUUGCAAAAAAACUAAGUGAAGCAAAUCAGCAAAACCGGUUUCUCAAACGACAGCUGCAUGUAAUGGAGGAUGCACUGGUAAACUUCAAAAGUGAACUUGCUGUGAUGGAACUUGAAAUUCAGGCUUUGGUCACGCUGUCAGAAGAAAUGGCUCAAUAUGAAAUUCCAGAAGGGUCAAGAAAGAUAAAUGGGAAAUACGUACAAUCUCACCUGCUUUCACGCUUAAGAGUUCUCCAAGAAAAAUUGAAGGAGCAAAUAAAGGAUGUGGAUGCUGCAAAAUCCAAGGAGGUAUCCUUGUUCUGGUGUGGCAUGGCAGAGAGUGUACAAGUAAUGGGCUCCUUUGAUGGCUGGAGUCAAGGGGAGCACUUAUCACCAGAGUAUGAUGGUUCUUUUACUAAGUUCUCGGCAACAUUAAUGCUCAGACCUGGAAGGUAUGAAAUCAAGUUCUUGGUGGAUGGAGAUUGGCAGCUGUCUCCUGAAUAUCCCACCAUUGGCGAGGGACUAACAGAAAAUAACUUGCUAAUUGUUGAGUAGUCUGAGGUACACUGAUCAUUUUGGUUCUCUAAAAAUCCUAGUAAGCUUCUUUAACUCGAGCUAGGAGCUCAAAUGGAAAGGUAUCUGAAAAAGGAUUUCUGGAAAAAGUAGUUGAAGUGCAUAAGAAUAAACGUGAAGGAAUGCUUGAACCAGUCUCUGCUUUAUUAUUUCAAUUUAUGGAUGCUUAGCUAUAAGUUUGGACAACAUUCAUCAAUGGAAUAUGAUACCAUUAUUACAAA